AGCAGUGUCAAUUAGGCUAUCUAGCGUGCUGUUGGCUAAACUAAACUUUCCUCUACACAACUGCCUCAGUCUCCACUCUCCUAUUAGUUGAGUUGACUAAGAUACCCAUCAGUCCAUCAGGUUUAGCCUAAACUCUUGGCUUCAUACCCAUCAGAGGGACACUCAUCUCCUGCUCCUUCGCCAGAGUGAAGAUGUCUCUCCAGGCUCCUCUCCUACCUGCAGUGGUCCUGUCUCUGGUUCUGGUUGUGUUGGCUCUGACAGGGCUGUCCCAUGCCCAGCUCCAGCCCAAGGCUUCUGUCCUGGAUUUCUCAGCCAGCCUGGGUAACCUCCUCCCCAGCCUCAGCCGUCCGGCCAACUCCAGCCGGAUCUUCUACGGGGUAAUGUUUGACGCUGGCAGCACUGGGACACGCAUCCAUGUCUACACCUUCAUACAGAAAGACCCUGAGGAGUUACCAGUGUUGGAUAAUGAGAUGUUCCAUUCCAUCAAGCCUGGUCUGUCAGCAUACGCAGACAUGCCUGAAAUGGGUGGGUACACAGUGAGGCAGCUUCUGAAGGUGGCGAAGAAGACCGUCCCACAGUUGGAUUGGAAGAGAACCCCACUGGUCCUGAAAGCUACAGCAGGACUCAGGCUGCUGCCCCCAGAGAAAGCCCAGGCUCUGCUGGAACAGGUGCAGGACGUGUUUGAUGAAUCGCCCUUCUUCAUCCCAGACGACAGCGUCAGCAUAAUGGAUGGUACAAAUGAAGGAAUUUUGGCGUGGGUUACUGUGAACUUUUUGACAGGUCACCUCUAUGCUGAGACCAGGAAGACAGUGGGGAUUCUGGAUCUGGGGGGUGGAUCGACUCAAAUCACUUUUCUACCCAAAUCCAAGAAAACCAUUGUAAGUUCUCCUGCUGACUACAUUGCCAGAUUUGAUAUGUUCAACUCUACAUAUGACCUGUACACUCACAGCUACCUGGGUAAUGGACUGAUGGCAGCCAGACUGGCAGCCCUAGGAGCACUGGGGGCAGAAGGGUUGGAGUGGAGAGUGUUCAAAAGCUCCUGUCUGCCCAAGAAGUUCAGAGAGGAGUGGCGCUUUGGAGGACUCACCUACAUAGUCAGCGGGAUACCUGAUGGUUAUGCGGGAUACAAGCUGUGUUACCAGGAGGUGUUGAAGGUAGUAAAGGGAAUAGUUCACCAGCCCUAUGAGUUGAAAGACACCAGUGUGUUCUACGCUUUCUCCUACUACUUUGACCGAGCCGUGGAUGCAGGCCUUAUUGAUGGGACCCAAGGAGGAAUGCUGGAGGUCAGAGACUUUAAGAAGGGAGCUAAAGAGGUGUGUAACAAGAUGUCUAAGUACCGUCCUGUCAGCCCCUUCUUGUGUAUGGACAUGACCUACAUCACCUGUCUGCUCAAAGAUGGCUUCGGCUUCAAGGAGAACACUGUACUGCAGCUGAUUAAGAAGGUGAACAACGUUGAGACAAGCUGGGCCUUAGGUGCCACGUUCAAACACUUCCAGAACCUAAAGAUCCACUGA